AUGCGUCCCGAGAUAAGCGGUACCAUCAAACAGAACCUGGUAGGGUGGGGGCUAGUAGAGCUGAGAGAGGUGAAGAGAUAUGCAGUUCACUAUGAGCAGCAUGGGGAAAAGAACGUUAAAGAUGAACACAGUCGUGACCUGAAGAAAGUUCAAGGUGGUAACACUCGUCGGCUGAUGGAUGUGACUCUAGAUCCUGAUACAGCACAUCCCGGACUCAUCCUGUCUGAAGACAGGAAACAAGUGAGACGUGGAAACAUAAAACAGGAUCUCCCUGAUAACCCAGAGAGGUUUGAUACUGUUCACUAUGUCCUGGGAAAGGAGGGUUUCUCCUCCGGGAGAUUCUACUACGAGGUGCAGGUGAAGGGGAAGACUGGGUGGAUUUUAGGAGUGGUCAGAGAGUCCAUCAACAGGAAGGAGAAGAUUUACCUGAACCCUGAGGAUGGAUGCUGGACUGUGUGGCUGAGGUAUGACGGGUACAAGGCUCUCUCUGUCCCAUUGGUUCCCCUCUCACUGAGAGAGAAGCCGCAGAAGGUGGGGGUGUUUGUGGAUUAUGAGGAGGGUCGGGUCUGCUUCUAUAAUGUGGAGGCCAGGUCUCAUAUCUACUCUUUUACUGGCUACACCUUCACUGAGAAACUCUAUCCAUACUUCUACCCCGGUCUUAAUGAUGGUGGUAAAAACUCAGCCCCACUGGUCAUCACUCCUGUAGAUGUCACUGACUGACUGGU